UGGCGGAAAUGCAAGUAGAUGGAAAGAAUGUUGUCAAUAUGUGAGAAAAGUUAGUUAAAUGGUGUGCAUAAAAUGUUUGGACCGUUAUUUGCAUAUUAUUCGCCUGUGCCAUGAUUGUUACACAGGAUAACUCACAGACAUGUCGUCCAAAGGGCGAAAACUGGCGAAAAAUAUUGGGAAAUCCCUUCGCAAAAAGUUUACCGAUUCAGAAGGUCGACCUGACCAGCAACAGGAAUCUGUUUAUUCUGGAGGGCUAGAGAUUGACCUGGGGGAGGGGCAGGUGGGCGGGGCAGGCCUUCUCCAGCCUACUGCCCCAGGACAACAGAAAGUCCUGAAGAGCUCUUCCCUUGGGAGCAUUCACAAUGAAGAUGGUAGUGCUGUGAUUGUCGACCAGGAUGACAUCAUAGCUCUUACCACUGAUGUCAAAAGCUUCUCUGAUGCCUUGGCCAAACUGAAGACUGCAUUCACCUCGGGAACAGAAACAGCUGAUGAGGCUCAUGUGCUGGCACACGAGCGUCUUGGGGAGGUCAUCUGCAUCCUCAAGAAUGUCCUCAAUCGCUAUCCGGCUCUCCACUCCACUGAUCUCUUCUCAUCAGCGGGAACACUUAUUGGAAAAAUCAAAAGUCACAACUAUGAGAGUACACGCGACCCCGAUGUGAUACAGGGUUUCUGCGAUGCCAUUGAUCAGCUUGCCCUGGCUUUCAGCAGCAGUGUGUCGGAGUACCUGAUGGGGGGUGGAGAACCGGAGCUGUCUGUGGACGCCAGAACAAAGUCCUAUGAUAACCUGACCUCCUUGGGGAGAGAAAAUCGUGAUGGAUCAUCAACACUUAAUGGUAAAUCCUCUGGCAUGCUGUCUGCCAGGGAGAUCGAUUCGUCCCUGGUCCGCCUGGAGGCCGGCCUUGACCUUGCCCUACAGAGAGCUAAGGCGUGGUCCAAGUACGCCCGUGACAUCAUGACGUACAUCGAGAAGAAAGCCCAGCUAGAAUGUGAAUAUUCGAAGAACUUGUCUCGGUUAGCACAAACUAUGCGGCCUGUUUUAACGGAUGAGGGUUUUCUUCCCCUACAGUCAGUCUACUGCACAGUUCUAGCACAGGACAUUGAAUUUGCCAGCAACUGCCAGGCAACCCAAGCUCUCCUGCAGACAAGCAAGUUUAUUGAGCCCUUGGCAACACGGAGGGCUGAGCAUGACAAAGUGCGAAAGUCCGUCAAAGAAAUCUGGGUCAGAGAGGUCAAGAAAAUGCAAGAUGCAGUGACAGGUCUACGCAAGGCCCAGCACAUGUACAUAGCACGGCAACAGGACUAUGAGAAGGCACAUGAACAGGCACAGAAAACAGACUCUGACAAACACGACAAGCGGAAGAAGCUGGAAGAGGACGCCAUGCAUAAAGCUGCGGAGGCUGAGACAACGUACAAAGCAUGUGUAGUGGAGACAAACCAUCGACAGCAGGAGCUCGACAAGAUCAAGGCAGAGUUAUUGGGGAAGAUACGAGAGCAGAUACAGAUGUGUGAUCAAGUCAUGAAAUCUGUGACUGUGGAGUACUUCCAGCUGCUGCACACUGUAUCCGCCCCCCUACCUGUACAGUUCCACACCCUGUGUGAGAGCAGCAAGACGUACGAGCCCGGCAGUCAGUACGCCGAGUUUGUCCGCAGACUCCCAAUACCCACACCCAAUAGCGGCAAACUGGAACAUUUCAGUUUUGAAGCAUUUGUUGCUGGAGCCAAGUAUGGUGAAGGUCGGAAGCCCAGCACACAGUCUAAUGGUUCCGCCUCUUCUGACAUGAUACCAUCAAAUGAAGGAUCACCGGUGUCCUCUCCUAGGAAAGACAAGAAUCGAGGCCCUGUAAAGGCCUGGGGUCAUUCUGUGGGAAUUGGUAGCGACACUGAUAGUGCCAGUGGAAGUAGCAGCAACAAGUCACAUGAUUCAUCGCCUAGCAACAGUCCCCAUGCCAAUAUGAGGAGGCAACUGGUAGCCAGUCAGUCAUUGGAUGAAUUAGCAGAAGAGGAGCCAGAAAAAUAUGCAAAUGGUGAUGAACAGCGACGGAAUCUCAUCAAGAGAAUAAUGUCAGCCAGUGAAGAUGUGCCAAACCGAGGUCGGCGGCACACAACAUUUGGUGUAGACUUCCAGGAACAAGUGAACCAGUUUAAGAUGGAGGUGCCGCCCAUUGUGUCCAUGUGUCUGUCAGAGGUAGAACUGCGUGGACUCACCAUCAAGGGAAUGUAUAGAGUGUCCGGUGUGAAGAGUAAAGUGGAGAACUUGUGCAAUAGGUUCGACAUUGACCCGGACUCGGUCGACCUCUCAGAACAACACCCUAAUGUAAUCUCCAAUGUGCUGAAACUCUACCUACGACAGCUUCCAGAGCCCCUGUUGACGUUUCGGUUAUACUCAGAUUUUAUACAUGUGGCAAAGGAACAUACAUCAGGUGUUAUGAGUAGCCUGAAGACGAUAGAGAAGUUGUCCUAUCUGGUUCGGAUGCUGCCUCCUUCAAACUUUAAAACCUGUGCUGUUCUCAUGCAUCAUCUACAAAGGGUAGCCGCUCACUCUGACGUGAACCAGAUGAGCUCCAGCAACCUGGGCAUCGUCUUCGGCCCAACAUUACUCCGUCCAGCGGAAGGAACAGCCUCGCUAGCCUCUCUGGUGGACACACCACACCAAACCCGGGCCAUUGAACUACUUAUCUCAUCAGCACAGACCAUUUUUGGUCCUGGAGCUGACUAUCAGCUUAUAGGAGGUGAGACACCGGUGGAGGAGCUGCCCGAUCCAGCACCCCAAGCAGCCAGACAGACAAAAUCAGAAACCAAGGAAGUCUUGACCGUGUCUGUACCAUCGGAGCCUCCGUCAGUGAAACUUCCUUCAAGCAGCCAGCCUGUGGAUGUGGCAGCCGUGGACAAGAUCGUGCAGCCGGCGGACGAGGUUGACGGGGACAGCUCCAAGACCUCGGGGGCGGAGUUUGUACUGCCUGGCAGUAUGAGCCCCGGGAAGAGUGACAAUAUGUCCCCCACAAGCACACUGACCGAGGGAGACGAUGAGUGGAAUGAUUUAGAUCUCCAAUCGGAUGAUGAGUUGCCGGAUAAUUUGCUUCCGGACGACUCGACUACUCCCGGCUCGGCCAAUCAUCAAGCUGUGCUUACUCCACACUGCAUGGCAGGGCAAGCAGUAGUGAAAGUGAGUCAGAGCAGCAGUACUUCCAGACCCGCCUCUAGUCCAACGCCCCCGCCCCGCCCAACCACACCUGAUGCCCCAUCCUCUGCAGCAGUUGCAUCUAGUCCAGCCCUCACCAAGAGGUCAUCCGUCCAGGAGCCCAAGCCUAAGCCUACUCUGAGUCUGAUAGCAUGUGGAGAUGUCGAUUCAUCUGUAAACCUGGGCAGUGAACACUACGCCUUCUUGCCACCUAGUCCUAUCAAAGUUGUCAUCUCGGAGGCUGGAGAUUCCGACGACGCCCACACGGAAGAGAUCCAGGUGCGAGCUCCGCGGAAACCUCUUCCCUCCGAGACAUCACCAUUGCCUGCAAUGGCUGCAGUGUCUACAACCAAGUCGCCAACUCGUCAGGGCUCUCCACCCAAAAGGGUUACUCGUUCAGGAUCAGGGUCAAUUACUAAGUCAGAUAGUCAGCACAGGUCCUCAGGUACUUCUGGAACCUCUUUACCCAGCUUGCCCUCGAAACCUGAAUCUCGACGAUAUACAUCUCAGACAGGGAGCUCCCCGAGGAAGGGUUCCACGGGGUCCAGUCACCCUGUCCGAACAUCUGUCACCACCGUGCCAACAUCCUCCAGGGUCUGUCUGAGUCGGUCUAUGACUGCUGGAGCUCCUGCCUCCGUACCUAGAAGGUUGGCGACCUCCAGCUCCAUGACCUCAAGGUCACACACAAGCAGUUCCCUGUCAAAGUCAUCUGCCCCUGCGAGACGAAGCCUGGAACUGACGUCUUCCCCAUCACGACAGAUGCAGACGACAAGUGUAGGAUCGUUACAUUCUCGUCAGCGUCACUCGUCCGGGGGUGAGGGUGUCAACAGGUCUCCCCCUAAAUCAGUAGAACGGAAGAACAGCGGCAGUUCGGCAUCGAGUGGUUCAGGAAGGCGGAGUCACGACCGUUGUCAUAGAGACCAUCCAACUUCUGGAUCCGUUACCGAGACAAAUGUCGCUUCCUCCACCUCUUCAGCAACCUCCUGCACCAAGAUCAGUCAGGACAGAACGCCCCGAUUUGUUUAAUACUCUAUUUUAGGUAUAUCAAAAUCUAGUGCUUAGCUGUUGCUAGUGUUGUGUCAUAUUAUUUGUGAAAAUCGUGAACAGUGUUUAUUUAGCUGAAAGCAUUGCAAUCCCCUUGUUUCUGAUGGCCCCCACAGGUUGAGGCUGAAUCAUGGAAGUAUUGACUGUUUUUAAACUUUUUUUGAUUUAUGUCCAAAUUGAGUUGAUUUGGAUACAUUUGUUGUAUAGUUUGAAAUGUACGUGUAUUUGUUCUUGUUAUUGUAGAUAUAUUACUAAUCAUAGGCACAUGGAACUUAUCCGUAGCUGAUAUUUAUUUAUGCAAUCAAAGCUUAUUUUUUAUACCAGGCAUGUACUUUUGUAAAUGGCAUGAAUCAUAAAUUGGAUAGAUUCUGUGGUAUCAUUUACACAAAUGCCUGCCAGAAGCUGUAGGAGAAGUGUGUUUGAACAAAGUGCGUAGUUGUGAUGUAGAUUACUGCAAUGACGACGGGGCACAGGAAUCAUGUUAGUGCUAUUUAAUUGAUACUUUCUGUGCCACCUAUGUCACUGAAUGCAUAUUUCAUGUUAUACCGUAUUUUACCUAAUGAGCAUCCGAUGUGUUAUUGGUUGUCUCCCAAACAAUUAAUGUGAGAUUUGAUCAUCCCUCCCUGUACAUUAUGCUGUGAAUUGUACAUGCAUUUACAUCGUUUACGAUGCCUUAAUCUAGGUUCUGUGAAAGAAUUCAUGUUUCAGUUUGUUUAGCUGCACAUUUUUUUGAAAAGGUCAGGGGAGUGGGGCAGCCUUGUUAAGGUUUGCUGCUCCAACUGCAUUCUGGUGUCCCCCGCCGUGAUAUUGCUGGAAUAUUGCAUAAGGCGGCGUAAAACCACACUCACUCACCUAUCCAACUGCAGCUGCAGUUAGUUUUUGAUCUGGCCAUUAUAAAUGUCAAACACAAUUGUACUUUGAAAGGGCCACUUUGGUAGGUAAUGUAUGUCCUGGGUGCUUACUGAGUAGAAUACGGUAUGUAUUAUUGCACACAUGGAAUACAGGUAUGAUAUUGAAACUUGAAAAUAGUUCUUGUUCUAAGGAAACUGUUGCUAUGACAUAUGCAGUGUUUCAUCAUCGUUUAAUACUAGCUCCCGAAGUAACGAUCCCCAGUAGAGAAGGCUUUGUGUGAAGCAUUCACAUGGCUGUGCUCAAGUACAAGCUAUCCAUGUUGGAGAAAUAUUGCCACUGAAACUGUUUGAAUCCUUGAAUGGCUGCAAACUGCCCUUGAUAUAUAAAACAGACCAAACCUGAUGUUUGUAGAGGAAACUGUUUAAGAUCAGGGUUUGUUUAUCAUGGAAAUGAAAAUUUUGCUGAAGUUUGAGAGGAAUGAUGUUGUGGAGCUAUAUUCUCAUUAGUAAGGUAGGCAUUAGAUAGUUGCUCCAGACAUUUAUCACUCACAGUACAAAGAUAUUGUGCAUUUAACUGAGGACUCCAGCAGGUGCCCCCUCCCUCAGUGUAGUUACAUGCACCCUCCCUCAAUCAGGGUUCAUGGAUUAAACACUGCAUAUGUAUAGGAAUGGAAUAGAAAAAUGGCAUGACAAGUCAAACAAGUAGUAUCUGAAGUGUGAUAUGGUUGUGUCUUCCAAUAGCCUAGACAAGAAAUGAUGCCAUUUGUGAUAUUGUAAAAUCUAAGAGAUUUACUAUACCGUUAUGCCAGUUUGAUAUUAUUUUGCUGAACUAUGGUAGAUAUUAUUGUGUAGAUUGACGUUGGUGAUGAGUAGCGUGGUGCUUAGAAACAUCUCAUCAAAACCCUCCACACGCAGCCAAGCAUGGUUACCUUGCUCUGUAAUGACUCUUCAGUAGAGGGUAUAAUUAUCACACAGCAUAUAGGUAGAAUAUAUGAUAGUUGCAUGGCCACAUACUUAACAGAGCUGCGCUGGUACCACUUCCUGAUUGAUGACGGCCAUUUAUCAGGUAGGAUUCAGUAGCUGUAUUUACCCAUCUACAUCUGCAUACAUUUCCAUACAGCCACAAUGUUAUUUUUCAAACCCUGAUUGGACAUUAUGCUCACAGUGCCAAGGCCAUUUCAUAUACUCAGUAGUGCAUAGAGACAGAUACAACAGCCAGUAGGUCAUUAUCACAUUGUUCACAUGUCGAAACCUGUGAACAGUUGUAAUUCCUGAUGUAUUAUUCUUAUCAUAUAGACGCUUAAGUUUAUGUAUUUUGUAUACAAUUAGGCAAAGGAUGUAUGCAUGUUAUUAAAUUGUUCAUAUAUUAUGAAUAUGUAUAUCAAUUGUUUUAACACUAACCCCAUCAAUUUUUUCUGUAUGUAGUUAAAAGGGUGCUUUCAUUACAUUCAUUGUGCAUAUUAACAAUUUCGUAUAAGGUUACUAUUAACUAGUACAGUUUUUUUUAAUGGGUGACAAAGUAUGGAGCCACUUUCUGAGUGUUUCCCAAAAUUUAUUAAAGACUUUGUGUACAGUCCUAGAUAUUUUUCUAUAUGGGUGCUUUAAGUUGUUUACACACAUACUUUAUUAUCAUAAGGGAAGGGGAUAGUGCUCCUGUAUUAUGUCAAAGGCAGAGAAAUGUCCCCUCAAAUGUAGCACUCAAGCCUGGAGGACCUGUUUCUUCAUCCUGUCUGUCUAGGAGAUGGAACUAUGCACCUGGAAUAGAGUGAAGCACCACCCUGUCUUUCUUGUCUUGUAUCCUCUACUUCCAUGGAGUGCACCACUGUUAGCAAUGUUCCAGCAUCAUCAUGGCGAGCGGGGUGCACCAGAAAUGGCCUUCACACAUUGUCCCCAUGUGGAGAAUCAAACCCAGACCUUUGGCGUGACGAACGAAAACUUUAACCACUAGGCUACCCCUUAUCAUCAUAUUUUGGGGAAAUAUCUACAUUUCAUCAAUGUCGAAUAAAACCAAUACCUGCUGAAUUAUUGGUACUAAAGCAAUGUUUGCUUCUUCGUUUGGUCAAAAAUACAGAAUCAUAUUUAUUAGUUGCAAAGAAGGCAAGGAAGCAAUCGAAGGGGUAGUCAAAUAACUAUUAUCAGGAACAAGCACAAGACAUUAUGAGAGUCAAUUUCAGUUUCGGUAUGCCAGUAGGAGCAGGUAUUUUUGUAAUAAAAAACAUGUAUUUUAUGGCUGUUUUAAAUAGAAAUGGUAGGUGGUGCUUAGGUUUCGUCCAGGUGUGUGUAUAUUUAUUUGUUGCCUUCUGUGAUAGAUUUCAAUGUGGCCGUUAUGUAUUGUUCCUGGUCUUGGGGAGUGAAACAGUGAGUCCUGUCCUAAUGGGUUGUCCCGCACUUACGUUUGCAAAAAUCAUUUUCUGUCAAAUCUCUACUGACCUAUUGCAGGGUCCGAAAUAAAUAUGAGUCAGCUAGUCCGAGAUUAGUAAGAUUCGGGGAGCUAGUGAUGUUUCCUUGUGCACUACUUUUUUACCAUUAAGUAGUUGGGUACCCUGUAACUGAUUGUUUUUGCGGACUGGUGAAAAUAACAAUUAAUUUCCUACCCUGUAUUGAGGUGCACAUACAUGAGGUACACUUUGUGUUUGGUGUCAUUGUUGACAUGUUAGUCUAUCCGUGACUAAUUCAUGAAGCAGUUAUAAGGGGAAUUUGUCAGGUGACCAUAAGUCAAGCUUUCAUCCCAUAAUGGAUGGGUGCAUUUUUCGCAGUUUCGCGAUUUGUGGUUACUUUGCUCUGACCAAGUUUGUUUGUGGCUACAUUGAAUGGUGCUACAUGAUCUGCAAGUUUACACCACGGAAACAUUUUGUACACAACUAAACUUUAGGAAAGGUUGACGACCUUCAACAUCCUGUGUCUUUUCUUUACGAUCGUGAUUUAUUAUUUGUGCUGAUGUAAACCAUAAAUACUACACCAAAGUCUUGCAAUACCCACCAGCCAUGACAGAAAAUGGUUAUGUAAAAAAAACCAGGUGUUCUUUUACUUUUUUUCAGUUGUAUACUAAAGGUUAUUUUUGGCAGCUGUUCAAAAUUUGUUUUGGCAAGAAUUAUUAGUUGUCCAAUCUCUUAAUUACAUGUAUGGCACGUUUUAGUCAUAAUUAACAUAUAUCUUGUUUGUGACCUGUUCUCUUGUCGCUAAAGUGUUAUUAUUUUCACAAAAGUUGAAAGUUUUAUUUGUUACGUCCGAUAAGAACAGGGAUCAUGACAUGCAAUGUUCAAAUGUAGACAUUUAACAAGUGAAAGUUCAUUGAAAAAUAGUUUACAUAUUAUGUGUGACGCAGAGCACUUCAAGAAAUAGUUCCUUGGAUAAAAAUUGAUGCAGAGAUCAUAAAUGCCUAUUAUUGAUUAUUGGGGAAAAUGUAAAAACGAUAAUGUUAUAAUUUUGCGAAUAAUUUAAAAAAUAAAUAAUAUGAAAUAAUGAUGACAAUGUGUAACGUGAUAUGUGAAUUUCUUAUAAGGUCUAAUCUAACAUUAUUUAUGAUUGGUCAGUUGAGCUAUCAGAUUAAAAACAGCGAUAGAUCAUUAAGUAGUAACUACUUUCUAUCAACAACUGCUUUGCCUGGCUCGUCUUGUUCAUUCACAAGCUGUCAUGAUAAAACUGGAAUACUGCGGACUUUGGCUCGAAACAAGCGUCCAGUAGUGCAGCACUCGUCCUCCAUGUCCCAUAGUGUAUAUUGCCAUGCUUCAGCUUGACUGUUUACAUUCGAGUAGGUUGGAUAACUACAUUCCUUCCCACUAGGGGGAAGUCCCAGCUCUGGUACAAUACAUAGUUGAGAAUCUGUGUAAACUUGGUUGUAGGAAAUAGUUACUCUCUGCCUUGCCUCUCCUGCUUUGUUCAGUAUUACACACCUGUUCUAUAAUUAAUCAGUUACAUGUACAUUUACAGACACACAUUAUUGGCAAGUACCGUAUUCGACGUAAUAAGCGCCCCGCUCUAAUAAGCACCCACAGCGAUAUUUGUUAAUAUAUUGGCUAGUGAACAAUCCCAAUUUAUUCAUGUAUAAUAUGCACUCGUGUAUUAUAUGCACCCUUAAUUACGGGCAAUUAAAAGUCUGUAAAAAUAUAUCUGUCGUGUAUAAUACGCACAGACUUUUCUUUUGCAUCAUUUCAGGCUGCAAGCAUACACCAUGAAAGUUACAAUCUUUCAACGCUUUCACCAAAAUUAUAUUCUAAUACGAACCCAUUUCUAAUUUUGAGAGCGCCCUGGGCACUUAUUACGUCGAAUACGGUAGUUAUACAAGUGUAUUGAUGCAAGGACAAUCCUAUACUGCAGCAUCUCUCCCCAUUCAGACUCCGUCUUGUGUUGGGGAAUAUGAAACUGCCAAUUUUUUUUGUACAAGAAAUACCAACAGCAUUCUUUCCAGUGGACAAAUAUGACUUGAAUUUAGACUCGGGAAUGAGGGCUAUAUUUUUAUAACAACUUUUAAAGAGAGGAAGUUGACAUCAUUGAUAAUGUUGGUAAGAUACAGGGCCUGAUGGUGUAUUCUGAUACUCAUUUUCUCACUUUAGUUUUUGAACAUGUCACUCACAUUGUACUGUAUAGCACAGUAUGGCUAAUUGUAGAAUAUUAUGUUCUGUGAAUCCCACAAUUGGUCCUUGAUAUUUGGACGUCCUGCCUUAUUUCAGUCUAUACUCAGAAUUUGAUUUAACAAUGAAGAUCCUUUAAAAGUUCAAAGAAUAAAGUCCAUCUAUUCUCCUUGCACACAAUCAGCCAUUGGCCAAACCUAUCCCUUGGGAAGAAGUGGCUAUGGUUGCUGUGGUCUUUAACCACAGAAACUUUCCUUCCCAAGUCUACAGCUUCUCACACAGAUGAAGAAUAUAUUCAAAAUUUAUUCCUGAUGAAAACCCCACUUUGUUUGGGAUACUGAUUUCCCAAAGUAUGUGUAUAUUAAUAUCCAAUUCAUUUUUUUUUUCAAUGUUUUUGUCAUUGCAAGUUACCGGUAUUGCAAAAUCCUGUACUUUCAGCAUUGCGGGUUAUAUUGGCGAGUCCCAAGUCACUUUACAACUACAUGUACUACAAGUAUACUAUAUGCUAAUUGUUGGCAGGACGUAUAUGUCCGGCCAGGUCAUGUGGGGUAUAUCUACUUAAUGGAACCUGUAUACAGCAUUCAAGUUUACUCUUAUUUUUUCAUGUGUAUGCCUUUGCAUUUCAGUACCUUGUGUUGUUUUCGUAAACAUGAAUCUCUUGUAUUGAAAGAAAAUUUCUGUUGUGCUACACCAAAAAAUGAUUUUGUUAUGGCCCUAUGGUGAAUAUAUGGCAGACAUACCUCAGACAUUAUGAUAUACUUUCAAUGAAACUAAACUUGUCAGGAAAGGAAAAUGUGUUUUCGCAAUUUGUUUCAUGGUUAUUUUAGUGAGAAAGACUAACAAUGGACUGUUAACUUGCUUAGUCCUAGUCACCCGUUGUCUCAAACCUGCGUCACUUUGUCCGUAACAGAUUUCAUUGGGGUCAAGUAAGGAUGUAUAUUCACAGAUAAUGUUUCUUUCUUCAAAUAAUUUUAUCUGCAGAAAAGGAAAUUAACUGAUAUCAGUUUCUCAGAUGAUCAAAUCUUUGAUCUUUAGGAUUCUGCAUUAGAGGAUGUUAGAUUUGUAGUCCCACUGUCUAGUAUAUAAGCAGUAAUAAGUUAAAGAUGUUUUAGUUCACACUGUUGACUUAUUAUAGGAUAAGCAUAACAAUCUUGUAACAUUAUUGCCAAGUGUAAUCAUUGAGAAAAUCCAUGACAAUGUAAUCAGUAUUGAGAGAAUGUAGGUUAAAUAUGGUUGUGUAGCGCUUACUAGUAAGUUCCAUGGGAACUAUUUUCUCCUAGAUUCGUCCACCCCAUUCUAGUGUUGUGAUCUGGCUUGUAGACCUCAGUGUUUUUUUGACUGUCUUUGUCCUAGCUGUUACAAUCAUUGUGAAAAUUCUAGUCAAUUUUUUUUUCUAGGGUCACACGACCCACCCAGUACCCACUUUUUCAACCAUAUCUAUUAUUUUACCAAGGUGUUAUGCUAUAUAUGAGCAAUACUUGUAUUUGACUUUUCUGCUAUACCAGCAAGGUAUUCUGUACUGAUAUGCUGUAUUGAGCAUACUAACAUUUUGUAUAUAAUAAACAUACAAAUAUAUAUUAAGUACUAA